AUGAGCCACCGUUCUCGACGUCGCAUGAGGGUUGGACGCCAUCCUAUCGGGUCUAACCUCGUACGGCCGUGUGUUUUAGCCAGUAAAAUCAUGCGCAUGCUAUUGUUUAAUGGAUGCAGCGCUGCUCUGAGCGUAAUUGCAGCUCUAAUGGUGUUGAUCGGGACGGUCUUGAGUGUUGUGACGAUGCCCCUCUGUGGCUAUGGAGUUAUAGUCUUUAGCGAAUUAUUACACCUCGUCUUCUAUUUGUGUUGUACGGAUGUAUUUAUCUACAAUUCAUUGGCUGCAUCAGCAUCUGAUUCCAUUGACAUGGACUUAGCUGAGUGGGGGACUACCGAGAGUAGUAGUGAAUUGCUACCUUUGCUGCCAAUUCAAGUGCGGCCAAGAGGUGGUCGAGUUUUUCAGCCUUGUCCGAGAUUUGAGCGAUCGUUGGGCACGAUAUCGACGAGGUCGGUACUUGCAACGGUAUAUUUCGGAUGUUUCAAGGUAUUGGUGGGUACUGGCCAAAUGCUGGCUCUUGUCUGUGUGCUGGGCGUGCUUGGAUUUUUAAAUGGCGAUAAGCGAGUCCCGAUCCAUUUGGAAGCACUUACAAGGCAACAUCCAUUACCAGUGUACGUAACGUCGUUUGGAUUGCUGAUGUUGGCGUUGGCACUAUUGCAUGCGAUGACGAGGGUGGCCAAGGUUGCUACACGAUUCUUCUGUUGUGAGGUGAUGCCUUGA